CUGUAGACCUGUCUGCGAUGAGGACAGAGGCAGCCGGGGAGGGGUUUCUACCGACAUAACUACAACACAGAGCGGAUAACUAUCUGUAGAAUAAACUAAACCACGGGGGGGUGGGAGAGAGAGAGAGAUAUCUGUUCCCCCUUUUCACUGUGCCCCAGAUACUCUACUUUCUACAAAAAGCAAGAUAUGCGUCUGUGGCGCUGAGGGGUGGUGGUGAUGGGGGAGGUGGAGAAAGUGCAUGUUUAAUGGCAUUUUGGAAGUCUCCACGGCGCUCUCCGGGUAGAAGAGGAGACAUCACGGCGCGAGUUAGCUAACGUUAGCUCGCUAACAAGCUGGCUGACAUGGCUCUCUAACAGGCUGCCAAAGAGCUCUUCAUGGAUCACAGAGGACGGCAAAGAGAAACCACUGCAUCUGUGAGCACAGCCAAUAACUAGGGAAUCUGACCCACAAGCAUAUCACCGGACUGACGGCGGUGCAUGUGGCCUCUUAAGUGGUUCAUAGACAUCUGUUGGGCAGACCAAAGGCUGAUUGCUAUGCACUAUAAACGGAGAGACAUGAGCUGUGGGGAUGCCGGGAGGCGAGAGCUUCUUUCGUGUAGGACUAUCCUUCUGCUAAUAGGGCUUCUGGUGACCAUGGCCCAGGGCGCUGUGCCAGAACAGCACGAUACACCGGCGGAGAUGAUAUCUGUGGAACUAGAGGCUUCUAUGCAGUCCUCUGUGCUCGCUGAGCUCCAGGCUGCAGCAUCUUCGGUUGGUGAGGGAACGCCUCCAGCUAUCCCAGAUUCCUCUGCAAAGAACGGGGGAGUACACACCGGCAUCCCGGACUCCUCUGCUAUCGUAGGCCAGGUGUUUCAGUUGAAGGUUCCACCGGGACCAGCCAAUGCAACCUGCAAUGUCCAUCUUGCUGAAAUGGGAAAGGAGACUUUACCAUAUUGGCUGUACUGGGACAAAGAGAGCUGCGUUUUGAGAGGCUUGGCCCUGGAGCAGGAUAAAGGUGUGUAUCAUAUCUUGGUGUCUGGAGACGAGAUGACUGAGAAGACUGGCAGCCAAGUGUACCCGAGUACGGUCUUCUCUAUUGAAGUGUACCCAGAAGAACGAGCCGACACCGAGCCGACCCUGCUCACUCUACAGUCGGAUAGCAAUGGCGUCCAGCCCUUCACCUGCGGCUCCGAGGAGCUCGUCACCGUCCUCACCGUCAUCCUGGAUGCUGACUUGACAAAGAUGUUUGCUGAACAGAGGGUCAACUUACUGGGCAUCAUGAGAAAAUUCUCCCACGUGCCCCUGGAGCACAUGAGGGUGGUCCCUGUUGUGAACAACCGUUUGUUUGACAUGUCUGCUUUCAUGGCCGGACCAGGGAACGCCAAGAAGGUGGUGGAAAAUGGGGCGCUUCUGUCAUGGAAACUGGGGUGCGCCCUUGACCAGGGCAGUAUCCCCGACAUUGACAGUGUCCAAUCCUUUGCAAAGGAUGGGACCAUGUCGGCCAGGCUGGGAUACCCAGUGGUUGGCUGGCACAUCGUGAACAAGAAGCCCCAUGGAGUGAAACGGGUCAGACGGCAGUUGUACAACACUCCUACCCCAGUCCCCUCCUUGCUUCCUCCGACUUCUCACCCGGAGCCCCCUGUACGCAUUGUUCCCACGCCGACUUCGCCCUCUAUUGCCCUAGCAACAGAGAACUCUGCUCCCCCCGUCCGGGGUCCUUUGCCUCUUCCGGUGAAGCCCACUAUGAGGGUCAGAGAUCAGAUAGCCCACACACCUGUAUUUGGACUGCCCCAACCCACGAGGGUACUAGGAACCACAAGCACCAUCCCCAUUCAGCCCACCAUGACUCGGCCUACAAUUGUGGAGGCCACUGCUCUGCCGACGCCACCAAGCACCACCAAAAGACCCAAAACCUCUGCCACGAGGAAACCUAAGAAACCCAAAACCUCCACACCAGCUCCCCGAGAGCCCAAGUCCACCACACCUAAACCGCCCAAACGCACCACUCCUCUCACUUUGACUCCUGACCAAAAUAAAAACCCAGAAAUCCGCAACGCCGUUGAUCAGGUGAAUGCAUGGGUCGGAACAUACUUCGAGAUUAAGAUUCCUCCAGAUACCUUCUAUGACCGGGAGGAUGGUACCACCGAUAAGCUGCGUUUGACUUUGAAAAAGACCCCCAAAGAAGCAGUGAAUGAAACCUCCUGGAUCCAGUUCAACAGCACUAUCCAGCUUCUGUACGGCCUCCCAGAGGAGCAGCACGAGGGGAAACAUGAGUACUUCAUGUUGGCCACUGACAAAGGUGGGAAGAGCAUCAUAGACGCAUUUGAGGUUCAAGUCAACCGUUGGUCUACUAACGACAAACCAUCAGUUGUGUUUGCUGCUCGCUUCCACGGUGACCCCAAAACAUUAAGCAACGACGUCCACAAGAAGAUUCUUUUGACCAAAAAGUUAGCGUAUGCCCUCGGUGAUCGCAACAGCAGCACGGUGACCCUCAGAAGCAUCACGAGAGGCUCGAUUGUGGUGGAGUGGACCAACAACAGUCUCCAGCAAAGUUCUUGUCCGAAGGACCAAAUCACAGUUCUCAGCAACAGGAUCUCUGAUCCUCAAGGGACUCCCAAACUGGCCUUCACCAAAGCCAUGGAGCCUGAUUUCAAACCCAUCAACAUCUCCAUCCGUGGCACCAAUAAAUGUCAGAGCUACACGUUCAUCCCACCAGGAGAGGUGCCCAUGCCCGCUCUUCCCACGGCCACACCUUCACCCGGGACCGGUCGUAGGAGCAGCGACGACGUCUACCUGCACACCGUCAUCCCCGCCGUCGUGGUAGCCGCCCUGCUGCUCAUCGCCGGGAUCAUUGCCAUGGUCUGCUACCGCAAGAAGCGCAAGGGGAAGAUGACCAUAGAGGAGCAGGCCACGUUCAUCAAGAAAGGAGUCCCCAUAAUAUUCGCAGACGAGUUGGAUGAUUCCAAGUCGCCCCCGUCCUCCAGCAUCCCUCUUAUCCUUCAGGAGGAGAAGCCCCCACUUCCCCCUCCGGAGUACCCCAACAUGGCCGGUCCGCACAGUAACCUGCUGGACCAGGAUCUGCUGGAGGAGUACUCUAUUUAUCAAGAUGACGAUCCUAACGCACCACCUUACCAGCCCCCACCACCAUUUACUGUCCCCAUAGAGGGCAAGGGCUCUCGCCCCAAGAACAUGACCUCGUACCGGUCACCCCCUCCCUAUGUGCCUCCCUAACGCACACUGGAGCUUUUCACUUUGGAAAGCAGGUGCAAUGUAGGGAUGCUUGUUGAAAAACUACAGCAGGAGUAAUUUUACACAUGUUCAAUUAAAAGGCUUUGACUUUGUAGAGGAGCAGGCAACCAUACCCACAUAUUUGACCAUCAUGGAUAAGACACUAUCGUAGAAUUACUGCAAGUACUACUACUGCUGGCACAGGGCGAAUGGAUGGGGAACACUUUGUAUUUCUUUUUGUUGUCCUUCAGAUCUGCUUUUGACUUCUUGCAUAUUCCUUUUUUUUUGCCAAGAAGAGUCCAUUUUUAUCUUCAAUGAUGUACUAUUUCUAUUGUAUAGAAAAUAAUAAAGACUGAAGCCUGCAGGGUCCUUUUGAGCAGAUGUUCCCAUGACAACAGACUUGAGGCUCCCCCUCACAGUGUUAAUCUUUAUGAGUUCUAUAUCACUCUCAUCUGUCCUUCGGCUAGGUUUACUAAGAUUUUGCACCUGUUAUUUCUAGAGGGGAAUGAAAUACUGAAAGCAUGAAAUGCUUUCUUUAGUUUCUUUCUUGGACUCUGAUCUCUCCCGUUUCUCUCCUCUUGCUUCGCUCCCUCUCGACAAUAACAUGCAAACCUUGUUGCACUUAUGCAAUUUCUUGUUAAACCUUGCACUAUGUGUCUUUGCGCAGAACUGCACACAGUGAGUGGUAGUAGUCCAGUCCAAUAAGGAGGUGAGGUUUUCUUUUUUGUAUCCUUGAGCUCGCCACAUGACUGAGGUUCCUCUGGUUCCUGAUCACAAAGGACAUCCCACUGACCACGCCUGUUGUAGAUGUAGCCUAAUGAAGUUACAAAACAAAUACUGACUUUUAUUUCCUUUCUUUUUUGUUAAAUGUGUGUGCCACUAAACCUGCCUGUGAGAUGACUGGCUUUGCUGUUGGCAAGCCAUGUGGGGUUGCUACAACAGUAAUGAAGGGGCCAAUGGGAUGCUGUGGUUCACAGCAGGGUGAUGUAGUCCACUGUCUUAUGUUCAGUAGGUAUGAGUGGUGGGGGGGCCUACAGUACUUUAUUAUGGCUGCCCUGCCUCUCGGUGGUGCGCUGUUAUGUUUAGUGCGCUGUUGUCUGGUCACAUGAGGCAUGGGGACGAGGGGGAUGUACAUAAUUGUGUGCCUGUGAAAUUAAUCAACUCCAUUAUGUUAGUGUCAUAAGUAAACCUAGUCGGGGCGGAAGGGAGGGCGAGAGUGGGAAAUAAUUUUAUUUUUUAAUUGUAUGUCUAGAUUUAUGAUCACAAUCAUUGGGGGGGGGGGGGGGGGAAUGACUUUAGUUUGUGACGGUGCAAAAGAACGUUUACCUACCUAUCACGAAAAAAAUAAUGCAUCAUCUCAAUAUGGUUGGGAACAAAGAAACAUGUGAAUUAUGUACAUUUCAUAUCUGAUAUCACCAUAAGAAAAAAUGGUUAAAAAAUCUAAUGUUUUUACUGAGUUUUUGAUACAGUCUUAAACUUGUUUUAUGAAAAUAUAUUAAUAAAAU